AGCGGAAGACGAAUGUUAUAACAACUGUUAAACAUGUGAGGUGUGCACGAGCUGUCACAAAUCAUUUCAAACCAUUAAUAGUUCAAUGUGUAGUUUUUCGUAUAUAGGUACUUUGGCAUGCAUGGAAGAAAAGUAUAUUAUGAGUAUUUUAAGUUGACGGAGGCUUGAAAAAUCAACAAUUAAUAUAUUGGUUCCAUGGAAACAUGUGGAUAGGGUUAUGGAUGCAGUUAAAGAAUGCUUGAGGGAUUUUCCUAAAGAAGCUCGGGAGCUUUAUCUUAACGAUGCAGUGCCAUACCUGGAUGGGCCCCUUUCUCCACUUCAGUUUUAUUGUGACUGGAUUGGCCCCAACAAGCCCUGCAUCAUUCGCAAUGCCUUCAGUGAUUGGCCAGCUUUGUCUAAAUGGAACCCCACAUAUCUCAGAGAGAAAGUGGGCUCCAAAGUCAUCAGUGUGGCCGUCACUCCAAACGGAUAUGCAGAUGCUGUAAACGGGAAUCGCUUUGUGAUGCCAGAGGAGCGUCAGAUGUCCUUCACCUCUCUGCUGGAUAUCGUAGAGGGGAAGGUGAAGAGCAGUGGUGUGUUUUACGUUCAGAAGCAAUGCUCAAAUCUGACUGAGGAGUUACCGGAGCUGACGGGAGAUGUAAAGACUCACAUUCCCUGGAUGAGUGAAGCUCUUGGAAAAAAGCCUGAUGCUGUAAAUUUCUGGCUUGGGGAGGAAAGUGCUGUCACAUCAAUGCAUAAAGAUCAUUAUGAGAAUCUAUACUGUGUGAUCUCUGGGCAGAAAGAGUUUAUUUUACUUCCUCCGACUGAUAGACCUUUCAUACCGUAUGAGCUCUACCAGUCAGCAACAUACAGAGAGAAAGAAGAUAGCACCUUUGAAAUAGUAGAUGAGGAAGAUUCAGUCAAAGUGCCCUGGAUCCCUCUAGACCCCUUGAACCCAGAUUAUGAGCGAUAUCCCUCCUACAGGCUGGCUAAACCUCUGCACUGCACUGUGAAAGCUGGGGAAAUGCUGUACCUGCCCUCCCUGUGGUUCCACCAUGUGCGACAGUCUCAUGGCUGCAUAGCGGUGAAUUUCUGGUAUGACAUGGAAUAUGAUAUAAAGUACAAUUACUUCCAACUGGUGGAAUCCCUGACAAAUGCUGUGGGAUCACUAUGAGACUGUUAUCACAUAAUAUGGCCUGUUCAAAGGUGAAGAUUUGGUUAGUAUAUAUUCGAAUAUCAACAGCUGGUGGCUUUACAUGUGAAGAUUCAGAGACUUCAUGAGAUGUGCAGGUAUAUUUUUAAGUGAUAUGAAUAAAUAUUGCAAUAAACAAUGCUAUUUCCCAUGUAAUAAA